AUGUCCUUGGAGGCGACUGAGAAGCGCUUUUCUAGCGGCGUUUCUUCCAGCAUCUACAGCCGAUCUCCCAACUCACCAAAGGGUAUUUUGCCAGAUGACUCGUUUCCCCUCCCGACCGGACACGACCUUCCGGAAAUCAACUCAUUGGACCAUCAAAUUGCAUUAGCUCGUGGCUCUACUAUGGCCUUAGAAACUACCCGCAAGCGUCUGCAAGAAUCUAAGGUCAGACGCAGACUGUCGCUACCGGAAUUACGGCAGGAAAAGCUCCGCCAAUGGGAACUGCAAGAAAGCGAAAAUCAAUUUUAUCGCUCAUGCCUUGAUAACUUUCAUAGUCUAUCUAAAGCUGCCGCUGAUGUUUCAGACGGCCUGGCACUGCAAUAUCUCUUUGAGCCAGAGACCAGUCCAGUGGGAAAUGCACGAGUUCUACAGGCGAACAAAUCCUUACGCGAAGCUUUAGAAAAUUCUCGGGUCCAGGAAGCACGAGCAGAGCGAGAGUGGAAACGUCAAUGGAAUGUUCCACGAAUCUGGAAUCCUACCACACGGUGGAUUUAG